AUGCCCACGCCGCUGCAGCCCGGCGGCCCCGUUAGCGGCCCGCCUCCGGAGCGCAAGCGGCGCCGCAAGCGCGACGAUCCACAGAGUUCAGCCGCACUCGAACCGGACGAAGACGACGGCGAUAUGAGCCCUGAGGAAGAGCCGCGAAACGCUCCUGCAGCCCCAGCGGCGCCUGCCCCUGCGCCUUCAUCCGCGCCUGCACCCACAUCACCUCCAGCUGCUCCAGACGCCGUAGAUCUCACCUCGCGACGUGACUCUCCACCGCUCUCUUCUGAUGUUGAACAUUUUGAUGGCAAAAUUGUCUACAAUCCUGAUGGAUCUGCCUAUAUUAUUGAGGAUCCAGAAAUAUCAGAAGGUGAAACCAGCCUUUCAGACUUACCUAAAAUAGAGCCCGGUUGCAUUGUCGACAGCAGAGAUAGCAACGUAGUUGAAAGGCAACUUGAGUUCCCUCAAAUAGCGAGUGCGUUCUACGUAUCGAGGAACCCUUCACUUUACGGUGCCCUGUAUGGAAGACUAGCUGCUGAACGAGCGCGGGCGAGGCCCGAUGCGCCUGUGAUGCAUAGUUAUCGAGUGUUUAGUUUUCGCGGAGGAAAGGACGCUCCUAGACCAAUGUCACCAGUGCCAGAAUGCCCCGUUAGCGUGCCAGUUAAACCAAUCCUUAUGUGUUUUAUAUGUAAAUUGAGUUUUGGAUAUGCUAAAUCUUUCGUAGCACAUGCCCAAUCAGAUCAUAGCUUAUCAUUACUCGACUCAGAAAGAGAUGCCUUAUCACGAGAAAACGCAUCAGCUAUUAUACAAUGUGUUGGAAAAGACAAAGAACCACUAGUCUCAUUUUUAGAACCAGUUGGUGCUGCUGCGCCGCCUAGAGCUUCAAUUUCAGGCAGUCCCGCUAACAUGUCUGAAUUAUCGAGUCCUACGAUUGAAAAACGCCAGGAAACAUUAACCCCGGACAGAGAUAAUGAAUCAAUGCUACCUAAUGGUUCAUGUGAUGAUAGAAGGCCGAGUCCACCUUCCUGGAGACCGCCGAGAUCUUUGGCUGAUUCUUUAUUACCGCAACAUUCCAUGAUUUCUGUAGCUCAUCCUCAUACAAUCAACGCUUCAGUACAACCACGGGCUAGCCCAAAUUCUUCACCACCGUUCCAAGCAGCACCUCCAGCAUUUCUUUCGGGUACGACGAUAGGAGUAUGUCCUGAUCAUCUCGGUGGACGACCAUCUGGUGCUGAUUGCCCGAAAUGCGAGCUUAUUUUAAAUUCAGGUAGAUUAGGUGGACCUUUGGCUGGAAUGCAUAGCAGAAAUUCCUGUAAAACAUUAAAAUGCCCAAAAUGUAAUUGGCACUAUAAAUAUCAAGAGACAUUAGAAAUACACAUGAAAGAAAAACAUCCAGAAGCUGAAACAAGUUGUAUCUAUUGUAUUGCUGGUCAACCCCAUCCACGAUUAGCACGCGGUGAAACUUAUACUUGUGGGUACAAACCAUAUCGAUGUGAAGUGUGCAAUUACUCAACAACAACUAAGGGAAAUUUGAGCAUACAUAUGCAGUCUGAUAAACAUUUAAAUAAUAUGCAAGAAUUACAAAAUGGUGGUAAUCCAGGUGAAGGAAGUUUACCACCAGCUCAGCACACUCCACCUGGUGCUCAUAAACCACCAUUACCACACCAUUCACCUUUAGGUCAAAAACCGAAACCUACGUUUCGAUGCGACGUAUGCAACUAUGAAACAAAUGUUGCUCGUAAUUUAAGAAUUCAUAUGACAUCUGAGAAACAUACCCACAAUAUGCUUGUACUUCAACAAAACGUCAAGCAUAUGCAAACUCUGUCAGCUUUACAUCAUAGACAGCAAAGUCAGCAACAGCUUGAAAGCUUAUUGCACUUUCAUGGCGGAGAUGCCCCUCCCCCCAACCCAGAGGCAGCAUUAGCUGACAUGGCUUAUAAUCAAGCUAUAAUGAUUCAACUUAUGACGGGAGGCCCAGGACCAUCUCCUCCAGAAUUAGGUGCCCACUUAGAUGUUGGCUUAAAUCCUGAAGCCAUGGAACCUCCACCGGAACCAGCAGAUCCUGAACCAGAAAGAACUUUUCACUGCUGUAUAUGCAAUUGCUUUUCAACAGAUUCUUUGGAUGCCCUCGGUCACCAUUUGGCACAAGAUCGCACAAAAAUAAGAGAACAGGAAAUAUUAGCCUUAGUAGCUGGACAUUACGUUUGCAAGUUAUGCACGUACAAAACAAAUCUAAAAGCUAACUUUCAAUUACAUUGCAAAACGGAUAAGCAUCUCCAGAGGCUACAACAUGUCAAUCAUGUGAAGGAAGGUGGACCAAGAAAUGAAUGGAAAUUGAAGUUUUGUGGUGGAGUUGGGACUGGCGGUGCAGGAGUGGGUGGCGUACAAGUCAGAUGUUGUGCUUGCGAUUAUUACACUAACUCAGCACAUAAACUACAACUACACGCUGCUGGAGCCAGGCAUGAAGCAGCCACGCUUUUAUUAAGACAUCUUCGCGAAGGUGCUUCCAGGAUACCUCGUGAGCGCCCUCGUGUUUACCGAUGUGCACUAUGUGGUUUCGGUGCUCCCCAUCGACUGCCACUCUUACAACAUGUUCGUUCCGUUAAACACUUACAAAUGGAACAAAUUCAUCAACUGCAGCGAAGAUCUGAGGGAAAAGACCCUACACCUGAUGUAGCUGAACUCUUCCAAGUCAUUUCACAACCCUCAGAAUUGCCUAGUCCAUAUGAUCAACAAGAAAAUGAUAACAAGGAGCCAAUCGAUCAGAAACCCGAAUUGACGCAAGAACAAAAAAUGAUGCGGUUCUUAGAGCAACAUCAACAACAGCAGCAACAACAUCAACAACAACAGCAACAGAUGCAGUCACAACAAGCAGUACAACAACCUCCACAACAGCCGAGUUGUAAUGAUAAAGAUGAAGAGCAAGAAACGCCUGGACCACAUGUAUGUCCUUAUUGCAACUUUAGCUGUGGAAGUGAGAACAAACUACAAGCACAUGUUAACUCAGUGCAUGGUGAUACUUUACGCCAUUUCAUCUGUCCUUUAUGUCAAGAUGCUUUCAAAGAGAGACCAGCCCUAGAAAGACACGUAAUGCAAAUUCAUUCAGUUAAUUCAGAAGGACUACAGCGACUUCUACUGCUAGUAGACCAAAGCCACUGGUUAAAUGGAGCUACACAACCACAAAGAGAAGACUCAAGACAAGGUGAAGACAAUGAAAGAGAAAUUUCAUCCCCUCGCUCAGAAGGUAGCGUAGACGGUGAAACUGAACGAUGUUCGACGUGUAACCGAACGUUUCGCAAUGUCGAUGAAUUGUGUCAGCAUCAAAAUGAAUCCGGUCAUUUAGAAUUGAAACAAACACCUCAGGGACCUGGUUAUGUUUGCUGGAAAAAAGGAUGCAAUAGAUAUUUUGAUUCAGCUCAUGCCUUACAAAAUCAUUUUAGAGAAGCUCAUGCUCGUAAUUCUAUUGCGAAUAUGUCAGUAUCUGAAAAACAUGUUUAUAAAUACAGAUGUAAUCAGUGUAGUUUGGCAUUUAAAACUGUUGAAAAGUUACAAUUGCAUUCUCAAUAUCAUGUAAUACGUGAUGCUACCAAAUGUGUACUAUGUGGUCGAAGCUUUAGAUCUGUCCUAGCUUUACAGAAACAUGUCGAAACAUCACAUCCUGAACUAUCAGAAGACGAAUUAGCUGCUUUUAAACGUAGCCUUGCUUCUAAUCCUCUGUUACAUCCAAGCCAAGGUAUCGCCUUAGAUGCUGCGACGGCUGAUUUAUUACGUAAAGAAGCAUUAAGGACACCUGAAGAUGAGCUCGGUGAAAUGGAAGAUAGAGAUUCUAGCGCGACCGCGGCUGAUGAAUCUGGCCACAACGAUGCCGAAAAUUCUGAUGACUCAAUAAUUUACAAAGAUCAACAGUUCCUCGAAGAUUAUCUAAACUCACAGGCUAUGGCAGAAGAUUCAUAUAACGAUCCAAAUAGAAAAUACAAAUGUCAUAGAUGUAAAGUUGCAUUUACUCGGCAGUCUUAUUUGACAGCACAUAAUAAAACUCUUUUACAUAGAAAAGGUGAGAAGCUAACGUACCCUAUGGAAAAAUAUUUAGACCCAAAUAGACCAUUUAAAUGUGAUGUGUGCAAGGAAUCAUUUACGCAAAAGAACAUUUUGCUCGUUCACUACAAUAGUGUAAGCCACUUACAUAAAUUAAAACGAGCUAUGCAAGAACAGCAAAACAAUAACAAUCCUCCUGUUUCGCCCGGCGCAGGUACUGCGCCCUCUAAUUUAACUCUUACUCCCAAAAGUACCUCUAGUGAAGAAGACGAUCGAAAACGCUAUAAGUGCAAUAUAUGCAAAGUAGCAUAUACUCAAGGUAGUACGUUAGAUAUUCAUAUGAGAUCGGUUUUACAUCAAACAAGGGCGGGAAAGCUACAGGAGCUCGCCGCGGCGGGCCACGUGGACUUGACACGACCUUUAGUCGAACAGCCGGAUAGAAAUGAUUCUGCUAAAAUUUUACAAGACGUGUUGUCGCCGAAAAAUACAUCCCCUUCGUCUACAAGCAGCGGGGGGCAUCGUUCCUCGCCCCCCGCGCGCCCAGGUAGCCCGCGGUCCCCUCGCGCAGGUAGCGCCUCGUGCGAGCGGUGCCACGCGUCAUUCCCUACCGGGGAGCUACUCGACGCACAUCGUGCAACUCUAUGUCCGUUUGGCGAUGCGCGGGCGCAUUCGCCACUUGGUGAAGCAGAAGCUGCGGCUCUUGACGAGAUGGUAGCCAAGGGCAACCCGCCCAAACGUAACUCACAAAUGUAUAAACAACUACUUGAAACGUUCGGAUUCGACCUCGUGAUGCAGUACAAUGAGAAUCAGAGGCGUAAAUUGCAAGAAGAACGCGAGAUGGUUCGAGUACCGAGUCCGCCGCCCCCACCGCCUGAGGAGAAGCCCCCAGAUGGAGAAACGAAAUCGACGUGUCAGCAUUGCAACAAGGAAUUUUCUAGUGUUUUCGUUUUAAAGACUCAUUGUGAAGAAGUGCACAAGGACAAAGUUCCGCUCGAGUUUUUGGAGCAGUUUGCAGAACAGUUUAAAUCAGAAUAUGAGAGGAAAUCUGGUGCACCGAAUUCGCCACGUGCAGCGUCUCCGGCGCCUCCGGGUGACCGGUCACCAUCACCACGAGGUGACAACAGCUUCAAUGAAAGCGCUAAUGGUCCAGGAGAUGCGCAGGCCGGCGCCUUAUUAGCGGCUCAAGUGCAGGAGAUGCAAGCUGCAUUGAACAUGUUACAGCUGCAGCAACAGCUCGGACAGUUACAUCCGAUGAUGGCACAGAUGCUCUCACUUGGCCUUCCCUUGGGCUUGAACAUGGGUGCUCUGGCAGCCAUGAAUUUACAACCGCCUCUGGUGUCACUCAUGCUGCCCCCGCCGCCCUUUGACGCUAUGCCUUUUUCGCAUGAUGCACAACUAAAACAGCAACAGCUGUUACAGCAACAACAGCAGGCAAAUGCUGCAGCUGGACAAAAACGCGCUCGAACACGAAUCACAGAUGAGCAAUUAAAAAUUUUACGAUCGCACUUUGACAUUAACAACUCGCCGAGCGACGAAGCAAUUGCUAAAAUGGCUAAACAAUCUGGACUAGCCACGAAGGUCAUCAAACAUUGGUUCCGAAACACAUUAUUUAAAGAACGCCAGCGUAAUAAGGAUUCACCUUAUAAUUUUAAUAAUCCUCCGUCAACAACACUAAAUCUGGAAGAAUAUGAGAAAACAGGUGAGGCUAAAGUAACACCUCUAGAUUCCUCAGCUAGUUCUGAUGAAGGCAAACCACCGCCUGAAAAAAAACCAAGGACUGAAGAUUUAGCCAUGAUAAGCCAGCAAGAUGUAAAAUCUGAACCGAAUGACGAGCCCACUAUGGAAGAAAAAUACAAUUCGUAUGAUGAUCGUCAUCAAGAAGACCGAACUUUUAGCUUUCAACAGAUGCCAUCACAAAGCCCGGCGUUAAGUAAUCCUGAUAAUACACAAAAUAUAUCACGACCUCAAACACCAACACAUUUGUCACUGAAUUCUCUAAUUCAAUCCCAAUUGGAUUCAAUACCUGCUACGAGUAUACCGCAACCACCACAUCCGUCAAUGUUACCACCAAAACUAAAUCCAAAUUUCACGUCCCCAAACUCCGCGCCCCCGAACGUCCUACCUUUGACCCCAAAUCGCAGCCUCAGUCCUGGCAGGGGACCGGCCGAUUUCGGACUUUCCGGGGGCAACUCGAACGGAUCCAACAGCUCGGGGUCUUCUGGCAAACGCGCCAACAGAACUAGAUUCACUGAUUAUCAAAUCAAAGUGCUUCAAGAGUUUUUUGAGAAUAAUGCGUAUCCUAAAGACGACGACUUGGAAUAUCUCUCAAAAUUAUUGGGAUUAAGCCCGAGAGUUAUCGUAGUAUGGUUUCAAAAUGCGCGUCAAAAGGCAAGAAAAGUCUAUGAAAACCAACCCGCUGCUGAUCCACCAGCUGGAUCAAUGGAUGACGCGAAUAGAUUUCAAAGAACACCUGGCCUUAAUUACCAGUGUAAGAAGUGCCAAUUAGUUUUUCAACGAUAUUAUGAACUAAUAAGACAUCAGAAAACUCAUUGUUUUAAGGAAGAGGAUGCGAAACGAUCGGCGCAAGCGCAGGCUGCUGCCGCUCAAGUUGCUGCUACCCUUAGUAGCGAAGACUCUAAUUCAAGUACCGUAGAACACCACGUUCCGCAUGUGCCAGUGUCACCGGCACCACCUCGAACCCCCACGCCUGCGGCCCCAAACUAUCCAGUUUCUCCAGCUCCGCUAACUCCACACACCCCCGUCACACCCUUAACACAUCAGCCAAGGGAGGAGAAAGAUGGUAAUUUUCAAUGUGACAAAUGUAAUCUAGUCUUCCCAAGAUUUGAUUUAUGGCGGGAACAUCAACUUAUACAUAUUAUGAAUCCCAAUUUGUUUCCAACAUAUCCACCUGAUUCCCCUUUUGGAAUCUUACAACAACACGCUCAGCUACAGCAACUGAAUGCUUCUCUUACAAAUGAUGAAACGCGCCAUCCUUUAGUAGCCGCAUUGAAUCAACAAGUGGCUAAAAGAAAAUUUGAUGAAUUCGAAGAAGCUGAUACAGGAGAACAACCAAAAGACAAACGAUUACGAACUACUAUAUUACCAGAACAGUUGGACUACCUCUAUCAAAAAUACCAAAUAGAAUCAAAUCCCUCACGAAAGAUGCUAGAAAACAUUGCCCGUGAGGUUGGAUUAAAAAAAAGAGUGGUGCAAGUUUGGUUUCAAAAUACACGAGCACGAGAAAGAAAAGGCCAAUUUAGAGCACACGCCCAAGUAAUAAAUAAGCGUUGUCCAUUUUGCCCAGCGUUGUUUAAGGUUAAAAGUGCACUCGAAAGUCAUUUGAGUACUAAACAUGCAGAUCAGUGUGCGAGAGGAGAAAUCAACGUCGAUACUCUUCCUGACGAAGAAUUAAGUACAGAAUCAACACCAAGUUUUGGGUCUCAACAAAGUGAUAGGCAACAAAAUUUUUCCCAAGCGGGGGCUCCCAUGUUGCCCCCUAUUUUCCCGCCUUUCCACUCAGAUAUGGAGAAAUUUAUCAAGCAGUACAGUGAGGAGUCCAUGAAACGAUAUGUCAGUGAACUUCAAGCUCACGCUGCGGCACAACAGAAUGGUGGCAGUGGCAACGAUCCUACUGAGAGACGGCCCGAACAUGGAAAAUCUGAAAUACCAUUAGAUCUCAGUAAACCUGUUGAUUUGUCACGACCAGGAUCAGAUGCUGACGAAAGAUCUGACACGGCAUCUGAAACUAUGGAGUUUUACGAAGAAGAUGAACCAACUUCUCCUUUACCAGGCCAACAACAAAUGCCAAGGCCUCCAGGCAAGCGCUUCCGUACCCAAAUGUCUUCUAUUCAAGUGAAAAUUAUGAAAUCAUUGUUCGGUGACUAUAAAACACCAACAAUGGCGGAGUGCGAAGCACUUGGGCGGGAAAUCGGUUUACCAAAACGAGUAGUUCAAGUGUGGUUCCAAAAUGCGAGGGCAAAAGAAAAGAAGGCGCGUCUUGCAGCAGGUCUGUCAGAAGUUUCGGACGCGCAACCACCGGAGGAGUGUCGAGUGUGUGAUUUCAAGUACAGUCACAAGUAUUCGGUGCAAGACCAUGUUUUCACGCGCGGCCAUAUCGCCACCGUGCGUGCCCGCCUGGAAAGUAGUGCUGGUGCGGGGGAAGAUAGUACGCUUGCACUUAUGCAGAUGGCAGCGCGGCUUGAAGGCGGACUCGGUAGCGAGUUACACAACGCGUUUCUUCGACCUCAGCUCGCCGGCAACGGUGAGUGCACUACU